AUUUUAAAUAUUAUCCAAAUUAAUUAAGUUGAAUUUUAAAAAAUUUCUAAAAUAUGCUAAGAGAAUGUUGAAUUGACCGUUACACCGCAAACAGCACUGCAUCAACAUUUUGCACGUUAUUUGCAGUUUAUAUCAUUAUAUUACUAUUGUUUUGUUACGUUUAUUCGAACGUAAUUAGAAAAAAAAACCCUCCCAAUGAAUCGGUUGUUGACCUUACUCUGUCAAAAUGCGGAAAUUUUGGUUAAAAGUAUAAAAUAGGUUUAAAAAUUAAUGCAUGGUAAUAUUUAGUGAAAUUUUCUGCCAUGUGUUAUUAUAAGUAUUGUUUAAGAACCACUUUCGCGCGGGUAAAGUGACGUGAUAUAUAUGUGAUAAUUAAUAAUACGUAAAAACUUGUUAUUGUACAAGGCGUUUGCAUUUUUAUAAUUUAAAUUUGUUUACAAUGGAAACUAAAGAAGAAUACCAUGAUCCUGAUUAUCCUGAAGCUUCUGUGUCUACCCAGGAAGGGUCCUCAAAUUUAACAGAAAAGGAAAAGAUAGAAAAAAUCAAAAACAUAAUACUAAGAGAGUUUGGAAAUGAGUUAGAAUUAAGAGAAAAUGAAGUCAUGCUGGCGAAUCAACGUAUGCAAAAGGCACGGCGGGUGUUAUGUGAGCUGCGCUACCAGCUGGUUCUGCGCUACUACAAGGACCAGAAGUUACAGCUGACUCCUGUCCACCUCCAGGAUGAGGUGGUCGCACAGAAUGAGCCCCGCACCAGGACUGAGGUGACAUCCCUGCUCAGAGAUGGUCAGCGUCGGAUCCACCCCUCGCUGCGGAAGUUACUAGGAAAGAAGUCUGUGGACCUGGAAGAGAUCUUAAAGAUCAGGGAGCCUAGAAAGAAGGCCAAGAAAAAUUACUCGGCUAUGAUACAUAGUCGUAACUACACCGUAGCAGCUGAUUCCACAAAGUCCCUCCGACCUGAAUCACACAAACCACCUGAGGAGAAACCUAUGAUCCCUGAAGAAUCGGAAACUAUAGACAAACCCAAGAAAAUACCACGCCAUCUGGAUCCCAAGGUGGAGAAUGUGGUGACUCUGGUAGAAGCCACCAGGAACCAGGUGAAACACCGAUACAGAAUCAUUAUAGGUAACACAUCAAAGUACGCUCCGGGCGCGUCGUCAGCGGACAGGUCGACGCACACGUGGCUGCUGUACGUGCGCGGUGCGGCCGCCGUGCUGCGCGCUGUCGCCGUCCGCCUCCACCACUCCUACGCCCCGCACCAUCUCGUGCGCAUUGACAAGCCGCCGUUUCAGGUGUCUCGGCGCGGCUGGGGCGAGUUCCCGGCGCGCGUGGAGCUGCACUUCGCCCUGCCCGCCCGCAACCCUCCCGCCGCCCUCGACCACACCAUCCGCCUCGACCGACACCGCACAGGACUACAGACACUCGGCGCAGAGACAGUUGUGGAUGUAUGGCUGUACAGUACUCCAGAAAUGUUGGAACAUGAAUACAAAGAAGACAUUCCCCCCAGUCUGCCGCUGGACAUAGGAGACAAGGAAGACUCCAGUGAUAAACAGACGGAUGAUAAUUCCACCGAACCCACCGAUGUAACAGAUCAACUGAAUGAUACAAAUAAUUCAGAAAAAUUAAACGACAGUUGGUUAGAAUUCUUCUCAAAAGACAGCACAGAAUUGAAUGUAGAUGAAAUGUUAAUAAAAGACGAAGAUAUUAAAAAGGAGGCAAUGGAUUAUGAAAGUAUAGAAAAUAAUCCAUCUUUAGUUUUAAAUGAUAAAUUAAAAAUUGAAUCAAAUAGUGAAACAUCCAUUUUAUACAAUCAACUAACAAAGGAAUCCAAUAAGGAGGUUAAACUGGAACCCGCAGAAGAAUUGCCAAACGAAAUAUUGAAGCAGCCGGAAUGCUUUAAAAAGAGAAUCAUGAAAUAUAUGGAUCCAACAACAAAGAAAAUAUAUUAUUUAGAAAUGGACAGAGAAUUAGAUUUGUCUAAAGUUCAAGAGAUUGUUAUAAAUUCACAGGGUAAUGUUAAAACUGCAAAAAUCAGUCCGAUUAAAUCAAACGGACUGAAACAUGUGAGGAAAUAUAAAAAUAAAAUGUCAAUAGUCAACCAUAACAAUGUUAAUGAAACUUUUAAUAAUUAUUCUCAUAUAGAGAACGAUCAUUGUUAUGUGAAAACAUCUACACAAAAUAUCAUCAUUAAACAGGAAGAAAUGCAAGUAGAAAAUGAUAUGAACAAGGAUAUUCAGAGGCCUUGUGAUGAAGGCAACUUGUACAACAUGCUGUGUGCCGCUGUGUUAAGGUUCCCUUGUGUCAGAAUGGCUGUCAGCUACCUCCUUAAGAAGAUCCCUCUCAUUACAGUCAAAGCGAAAGAUCCAGAUUUUGUUAAAUACUUUCCAUUUGUUGUUGAAAGUGAAGAUAUAUAUUGGAAGUUAGAUUUUGCUAAGCGAAGAAAUAUAGAAUGGUCAAGAGCAAAGUUAAUCAACAAGUUGAUGGUACAACUGCUAGUGACGGAUGAUCAGAUUUGGAGGACAAAGCAAAUCCUCAUUUACUCCAGACUGCACGGCUAUCACCCCGUAAGGAGUGAGAGCAUCCCGCAGCCCACUAGCCAGGACUGGUGGACCUCCUGGAACCUCACAGAUACCCACCACACCGACACACUGCCAGAUAGUUCCUCAAACUGGGAGUUUAACUCAUUAACUAUAUUUAAUGGUGAUGAGUUUGCAAACAGUUCCAUGUCAGAGUCAGUUAUAUCAGAAUCUGAUGAAGAAAUAGAUAUAGUGAAUAGUGGUAGUGCAGUGAAAGUGAAAAGUGAAGUGAUUCCAGAGACUAGUUUGGAAGUGAUGCCCGUGGAGAGUGAGGAGGACAGGCUGAGGUUCCUGUUUGUGGAGAAGAAGUGUGCGGACAUUGGUAUAGAGCUUAGGAAUGAAGAUGUGGGGAAUGGAUACUCAUACAGCGCAGUGCACGCGGUGCUGGUGAGCGCAGUGCGCAGCCUGGCCGAGGAGCUGGUGCGGUCAGCGCGCGCCGCCGCACUCGCCCCGGACCCUCCUGCACCACCUGCACUGCCCCACGUCUGGACGGGGUCAGGGCGCGUGGUGUGUGCUGGCGCGCGCGAGGUGUGCGCAGGCGCGCGUCGCUCCAGCCGGCUGCAGGCGCUGACAGCGCGCUGGUUGGCCGCGCCGGCCCGGACGCCGCACACGCUAUAA